AGUUAAUACAAAAGGAGAAAUGAUAAUUUUAGUGAAAAAAGGGAGAGAAUUCGAAAAACUGGAAGGACGGUUCUCUCGGAUAAAUAAAAGGAACGGAGCAACGUUCCUUUCAAACCUCUUUUCGGUUCAAUCACGAAGCAACGUUAAAUGACUUCUCUGUCCCUCGCGUUUUCCUCCGCCGCAGCUACAACGGCUUCCGUUAGGUUUCCGGCGAAGACGCUCACUUCUUCGAGUGUCCGCGGUUUUUGCUCCUUCAGAUUCAUCGAUCGCCGGCCUGUUCGUUCGCGAGCGUCGUCUUCUCUGAGCGUGAAGGCGACGGCGAAGCUCGUCCAGGAGAAGGAAUCCGUCGUCUCGGCGAGCUCCUCGGAUGGAGAGGACGUGCAAGAGAGACGGAGGAGGAGGACGAAGGAGCUCGACCAUUCGCGUGUCUUCCUGGAUGCGCGCAGUGAAGAAGAUCUUUUGUCUGGUAUCAAGGAGGAAACUGAAGCUGGAAGGCUGCCUCCUCAUGUUGCAUCAGGAAUGGAAGAAUUGUAUUGGAACUAUAAAAAUGCAGUUUUAAGUAGCGGCGUUUCUAGGGCAGAUGAGAUUGUUUUAUCAAAUAUGGCUGUUGCUUUUGAUCGCAUGCUUCUCGAUGUGGAGGAUCCUUUCACUUUUUCUCCAUACCAUAAAGCAGUCAGAGAGCCAUUUGAUUAUUACAUGUUUGGUCAGACUUACAUCUGUCCUUUAGUUGAUUUCAAAAAUUCUUUUGUUGGAAAUGCUUCUGUUUUCUGUGAGAUGGAAAACAAACUUCGGCAGGGCCACAAUGUUGUGUUGAUAUCAAACCAUCAAACUGAAGCUGAUCCCGCUAUCAUUUCCCUGUUGCUUGAAGCAAAACAUCCUUAUGUAGCAGAGACCAUUAAAUGUGUGGCUGGUGACAGAGUCAUCACUGAUAAUCUUUGUAAGCCCUUUAGCAUGGGAAGAAAUCUCAUCUGUGUUUACUCAAAAAAGCACAUGUAUGAUGAUCCGGAGCUUGUUGAGAUGAAAAGAAGAGCAAACACACGAAGCUUGAAGGAGAUGGCGACCCUGCUAAGGUCUGGCUCCCAACUUGUAUGGAUCGCACCAAGUGGUGGAAGGGACCGCCCUGAUCCUUUUACCGGAGAAUGUCAUCCUGCACCUUUCGAUUCUUCUUCGGUGGACAACAUGAGGAGGCUGGUCGAACAUUCAGAUGCUCCUGGGCACAUCUAUCCGUUGGCACUGCUGUGUUUUGACAUCAUGCCCCCUCCACCUCAAGUCGAGAAAGAAAUUGGAGAGAGACGAGUAAUUUCUUUUCAUGGUACCGGGUUAUCGGUUGCCCCCGAAAUCAGCUAUUCGGAUGUUGUGGCCAAUUGCAGUAAUCCAAAUGAGGCGAAAGAAGCAUACUCGCAAGCUCUUUAUGAAUCCGUGAAAGAGCAAUACGAUAUUCUAAAACAUGCAAUCCAUGGGGGUAGAGGGGUAGAAGCAUCAACUCCGACUGUCUCCUUGUCACAACCUUGGAGGACUUAGCCAACGCAUGUUCUCCAUCUCCAUCUUCCCACUUCCAUCUUUUAGGUUUCACCAGAGAUAGGCGCAGGGAAAUUUGUUCUUGUUCCGUACUGUUUAUUGUUAGUGUUCUCUCGUUUUGACGGGAAAACCAGAUCGAGGGCAUACAUGGAAUGGAUAAUCGGGUCGGCCUCGUCCGUUCCCACCGACCAGGUGAGACCAAAAGGCCUAUAUUGUACAUACAUAUUAUUGGAAUACUUCACUCAUGCUAUGAUUUUCAUAUUUAAUUUCUUUUUUCUUUCUUCA